AUGGGACCGUUUCCAACAGGAGAAUCAGUAUUGGUGUAUGUGGACUAUUACAGCCGUUUCUUUGAAACUUUUAUUUUGAAGAACACAGGAUCAACCAAGAUCAUUGAAUGUUUGGAGGAGAUUUUUGCUCGAUAUGGUAUUCCUGACACCCUUAGGAGUGACAAUGGAGCCCAAUUUCGUUCAGCAGAAUUUGAAAAGUUUUUAGAAGAAUACAGCAUCAACCAUGAAACAUCAACACCUUAUUGGCCACAAGCUAAUGGAGAAGUCGAGCGACAGAACAAACUAUCAGGACAGCUCAUGUUGAGGGAAAGGAUUGGAGAAAGGAUGAAGACCAAGAUUCCCAGUUUUCCAGAGAGAGAUGAGGGAGAUAUCCGAGUUAAAGACUGGAUAAAAAAGAAGAAAGAGAAAGAAUAUGCAGACAAGAGUAGAAACGCAAAAUACAGCCAAGUACAAGUUGGAGACCAAGUGUUGGUUCAGCAGCCAAAAGAAAACAAACUUUCACCUGCCUUUGAGACAAAACCAUACGAGGUCGUUGGACGUACAGGAAAUGAAGUUUUGCUGAAGGCACCACAUGGAGGUACAUAUCGCAGGAACGUAAAGCAAGUGAAAAAUCUGGAGAUUGACGGUAGCGUUCCACUUGAUGAUGCAGACGAUGUGACUGACCUAGAUCUUCCACAAAGUAAAUUACCAGAUGAUGGGGACGACCUGAAGAUCACUGACAUGGACGAUGACCAGAAGAUUGAGACAGACCGUGGAGACUCUGUGCGUACAAGACCAGUUCGGCAACACAAGUUACCGGAUCGGUUCAAAGACUUUGUUUUGACAUAA